UUUAAAAACAUCCAAGUUCAAGGGGGAUCAUUUUUGAAAUAUUCAUGCUAGAGUUAUGAAUUUUUAACCAUGAUGUGGAUAAUAAUAAGUACCGGUAACAAAUAUUCGAAGUUUGAAGUAGAUACCUUAAGAAAUGAAAAAAAGUUCUAGAAAAAAAAACAACAACAUUUUUUAACAUAAAUUCUAAGUUCAAGGUGGAUAAUUAUAAAAAAAUGAGUGCAAGAGUUCUGAAUCUUGUCACACAUCUUGUGGGUGAUGAUAAGUAACAUAUAUUUGAAGUCUAAUGUAGAUGCUUUGAAAAAUAAAAAAUGAAUUAUAGCAAAAAAACAAAACAAAAAAACAACAACAUUUUUAAGGAAAAAAUCUAAAAAUGCUCAUGGGGAGAUCAUUCUGAAAUUAUUGGUGCUAGAGUUAAAAACCUUAUCACAUAUGUUGUUCACGAUAAGAAACAUAUAUUUGAACAUUGAAGUUGAUCCCUUAAGAAAGUGUAAAAUUAAUUUUUCAAGGAAAAGUUCAAGGGUAGAUAAUUCUUCUGAAAAUAUUGCUUUUUAAAUUUGUGGUUUAAUGAUAAGGUUCAUAUACUAGUAUUUGAAGUUUCAAGCUGAGACCUUAAUAAAUGAAAAAAAAGUUAUAGUAAAAAAUGUUGUACUGCACAAAAAACUUUAAUCUGAAAUCAGGACGUGGACGCCGACGCCGGGGUGAGUAAUACUUCGUAUAGUCGAGCAGCUAAUGAUAACAAGCAAUGCGAUCUUUGUUCAAAUUAAUAUUUGAUUUAAGUAUAAAGUAUAUAUGACGAGCCGAUACAAAUCCAAGAACAGUUUCCCAGUUCGGAAGCGUUAACGUAUUUUAACGGAACCGGACAGAAAAUGGAAUUUUGGACGGUACUUCCAAUAACCAUAGUGUUGUGUUGUACUGUGUUUUCAACAACUCUUGGAAUAGAAACAACAUACGUGGUUGCUUUGCUCGGACAAGAUAUACAGAACGGAUCAACGACUGCCAGCAUUGAGUAUGAGCUUGUCAUUGUUAAUGAAGAAUCUACUCAAAUAACAGUAAUAAUAACAAGUAUCGAUGGACCAGUAAAAACAUUGCCGGUGGGUUCCAAUGCAAGAGUUAGUCACAAACUUGGACAUGAAAUGGCUAUGAACGGAUCUGAAAUUAGCAACAAGUCUCUUGAAGUUCAAUCAAAUGACGGUAAGUUUGUGUUACAAGUAUUUACCAAAAGGGAUGGCUAUAUUGAAGGUCUACUGGCAUUACCAAUACAACAAAUGGAUGGACCAAACCAAGUUAUAAAUAGAACAGUUUACGAAUAUGUCGUCGCUACAUUUUGUGCGGUAGGAGGGUAUUGUCAGAUUGCUAUAGCUGCGACAGAAAACAACACGGAGGUUUUUAUCGACAUUCCAAAAAUGGUGGAAGAAAUAGCAUUUUGUAAUAAAUCCUCAUAUUUCCGCUUACAUAGGGACACAGGCUUCACGAUGAACAAAUUUGAUGCGUUUCAACUUGAGACUACAUAUGAUCUUACCGGAACAGUAAUUUUCAGUUUUAAGCCAAUUGCUGUUUUUGUUGGAUCAAGAAAUGUUACCAAUGGCAAUAUUGUUGCUCAUACAAUGGAACAACUUGUACCUUCUUCACACUGGGGGACGGAGUUUGUAGUCCAAACCUUAGGCUCUAAUGGAUAUGGUGAUAUUUUGAAGAUAGUGAGUCACUAUACAAGCACGGUGGUUACCAUGAGUGGCUUCCCGUCCUUCAACAUGACCAAUAGAUACCAGAAUGUAACUCGACGGCUGAGUAAAGGAACGAGGAGUCACAUACAGGCUUCACACCCAAUACAGGUUGUUCAAAUAUCUGGCCUAUCAUACGCGACUAAGAAUGAGAGCUCCACACUCACAAUGACUGUUGUACCGUCUGUACAGAAUGCUUGGAAUGAUUUCACUGUUUCUUGCCACGACAUGCAGACGUCAUCACAGUUUGUUGUAGUCUCAGGUAAGAAAACUCAGUUGAAACAACUGAAAUUAUGGAUAUAA